AUGGGGGAGUGGGCGUUCCUAGGUUCCCUGCUGGACGCGGUGCAGCUGCAGUCGCCACUCGUGGGUCGCCUUUGGCUGGUGAUCAUGCUCAUCUUCCGCAUUCUGGUGCUGGCCACGGUGGGAGGUGCCGUGUUCGAGGACGAGCAGGAGGAGUUCGUGUGUAACACGUUACAGCCCGGCUGUCGCCAGACUUGCUACGACCGCGCCUUCCCGGUGUCCCACUACCGCUUCUGGCUCUUCCACAUCCUACUGCUGUCGGCGCCGCCGGUGCUGUUCGUCAUCUACUCCAUGCACCAGGCCAGCAAGGAGGCGGGUGGUGCGCAGCCGGCCACGCCGUGCACGCGCGGGCGUCCCGAGGCCCCGUGUGCCCCGUGCUCCCUGCGCGCCCGCCGCGCGCGUCGCUGCUACCUGCUGAGCGUGGCUCUGCGCCUGCUCGCCGAGCUGGCCUUCCUGGGUGGCCAGGCGCUGCUCUACGGCUUCCGCGUGGCCCCGCACUACGCGUGCGCCGGCCCGCCUUGCCCGCACAUCGUCGAUUGCUUCGUGAGCCGGCCCACCGAGAAGACGGUCUUCGUGGUCUUCUACUUCGCCGUCGGGCUGCUCUCGGCGCUGCUCAGCGUAGCCGAGCUGGGCCACCUGCUUUGGAAGGGUCGCCAGCGCGCGAAGCUGCUCCCGCCGCCGCCACCGCCCUCUCUGCCUUCGCAGCGAGCGGACCCCGACCCCUUCGGCCCGCCCGCCUACGCGCACCGCGCACCGGCCGGCGACAGCGAGGGCGAGGGCGACAGCGGCCACAGCAAGGCUUCGCUGGCCACCGUGCGUCAGGACCUGGCCAUCUAG